AUGUCUUUUGCUGGAAGAAUUUCAUUAGAUGCAUUUGAUUCUUCUCAUGGUGGAUCAAGUGAAAGUCCAGAAAUUCAUACAUUAUAUAGAGUAUCAGGAUCUUUAGCAUUAUUAUCAUGUAUUGGAGCAUUAUUUGUUAUUAUUACAUUUAUUACUAUUAAAGAUUUAAAGAAACAUCCAACACGUAUGAUCUUUUUUUUAUCAGUUUGUGAUGUGUUGUUUAGUUUAAAGUAUUUGGUGACAGCAGUGUUACCACAUAGUGACAGUUUUCAAACGAAAAGGGUGGCAUGUUAUUUACAAGCAGGUAUACAGCAAUUCUUUGGAUUGGCAUCUAUUGGAUGGAGUGGUAUGAUAUCGUUGAAUUUGAUCAUUAGCACGAGUAGACCAUUCGAGAAUAGUUCAACCUAUUCCAAGUUUUAUCAUGGUUGGAUAUGGUCGUACUCGAUAGUGACAAGUGCGAUACUGUUCAAGAAUUACGAUGUCAUAGGACCAAGUGGCGAUGGCACAUGUUGGAUCAAGGCAGAGGACAAGCCAUUGCUAUUGAUGUUUUUCAUACCACUUUUAGCAUACUUUUCAAUCUCGAUCUCCUCAUUGAUCAUAGCAGCAAUCUCCACUAGAAAUAAAUCACUAACAUCAUCAACCACCAAUAACUCAUGGUCAGAUCGUAAUCGUACUGGAAUGUUAUUGAGAAUGUCGACCUACACAUUGGUGUUUAUCCUCUGUUGGGCAGGCCCAUUGGCACACAGAAUCUCGCAGAUCGCAGGCCACCAUGAUGCACCCAACCAAGCGAGUGUGUUAAUGUUUUUCGAUGCAAUUGGUGUAUCGAUUCAAGGUUUUAUGAAUGCACUCAUUUGGAUUACAAAUCCUUCAAUUCUCAGAGGUUUCCUUGGUAACAUUAUGAAAUAUUUACCAUUCUCAAAGAAAUUCAUUAAAGAUGGUGAAAACACACCACUAAUUCGUUCACUUCAAGAUGAAAAUCAAGAUCCAACUCAAUUGGCCGUAAUGUUACGUAAUAAUAUUUUAACAUGUUCAUUACGUGGUAUUGCAUUAUCUGUAAAUGAUAAUUUAAAUUUAUCAAAUUCCUCCUCAUUAAAUAAUAAUAAUAAUCAAUCUCAUAUUGGUGGUGAUAUUCAUCAACAUUUACCAUUUGACUCAUUAUCAUCAUCAUCACCAUCAUCUUCAUCAACACCAAUUAAUCAUAAUUAUAAUAGUAAUAAUAAUAUUAAUAAUAAUAAUAAUAAUAGUAAUGAUAAUUUUGAUAAUAUAAAUGAACAAUUUAAAGUUUAUACAGAAAAAGAAUUAUUUAAAGAUAUUUUUGAUAUUUCACCAGAUACAAAUAUGGGUAGUCAUAAAUUUAAAGAUUAUUGUCCAAAUAUAUUUGCAAAGAUUAGAGCAUUAAAUAAUAUAACACCAUCAGAUUAUUUGAAAUCAUUUGAUUCAUCGUUGUUUUUUGAGAAUUUAUCGAAUCAGAAAUUCUCAGAGGGUAAAAGUGGAAGUUUUAUGUGUUUCUCACCAGAUAAUAAAUUUUUAAUUAAAACUAUCACUCGUCAAGAAUCGGUAUUAUUGAAAAAGAAAAUCAACAAUUUUUACAACUAUCUCGUAAAGAACAACCAUUCAUUCCUAUUGAGGUUCUAUGGUUGUCAUAAGAUUUCAAUGCCAAAUGAUCAUACUAUCUAUUUGGCUAUCAUGUCCAAUGUAUUUGGUACAAUUCCACAAGGUAUAAAGAUUAGAGAAAGGUAUGAUCUUAAAGGUUCAAAAGUUAACAGAGGUGGCAAUGAUCCUUUGUUCAAAGGUGAUGGAUUAGGUUUAGAUUUAGAUUUUGUAAACUUUAGAAAAUUUUUAAAUUUACCAGAUGGUUUUAGUCAUUCAAUCAUUCAACAAUUAAAAAAUGAUUCUGCUUUCUUAACCUCUUUAAAUAUUAUGGAUUAUUCUUUACUAAUUGGUGUAAUUCCAAAUAAUGAUGAUUUUAAAAAGAAAUUAAUUGAAUCUGGUGGUAAUAUUAAUAAUAUUUUAAGUGGUUCAAAUUUAAAUAAUAAUAAUAGUAAUAGUAAUAGUAAUGGUAUUGGUAGUGGUAGUAGUGGUAGUAAUUUUAAUAAUAAUAAUAAUGGACAUGGUAGUGGUGGUUUAUUAAAAGGUAGUUUUACAAAUUCAUCAUUAAUUUCAAAUUCAUUCGAUUUUUCAAAUGGUAUUAUAUCAGCAGAUGAAAAAGAAAUCUAUUAUAUUGGUGUUAUUGAUAUACUUCAACUUUAUGAUUUUAGUAAGAAAUUGGAAAGAUUUUUAAAGGUUUAUUUAUUUAGAAAGGAUGGUGAUGGUAUCUCUGCAACUAGACCUGAACCUUAUAAACAAAGAUUCUUAAAAAGAAUGAAUGAAAUCAUUAAAAAUAAAAACUAUAAACAUAAAUCUGCUACUCAACAAUAUAAUAAUUCAAUUAUAAAUAGUAAUAAUAAUUAUUAUCAUAAUGAAGAAGAAGUUUUAUUUGAUACAUAA